AUGUAUAGAAAACCUGAUAAAGUAAGCCAGGAAGAUCAAAUACGACGUCAUCGGGCUGACCGAGACGAGAAGGCAUCGCCCGCUGCACGCUGUAUUCGAGAAUGGAGAAGAACUUUUCCUCAGAACACACGACAACAGAGGCAUCAAAACGCACUUGGUCAUGAACAUCGAUUCUUAAGAAAGCUUGACCAAUCAAGUAGGACGUUUGCAAUUAGAAGAGGUGACUCAAAAACAGCUCUAACAAUCUUCGUUGACUACGCAACAACAUCAAGCUACGAAGGAGAGGAGCUGGAAGCGUUCUAUAUUGAUCUGGGGAGGAUCAACAGAGAAGACCACACCUUCUCCAUGACCAUCGUCUGUGAUUUUAACGCAAAGAUUGGCCCUAGAACGUCGAGAUUGGCAAGAAGCAGGUUCCGCCCAGUGGAGGCAAGGCCUGCUUGA